AUAUGGCCUUGGUGUAGGUUAAUUUGCUCGGUGUGGGGCGUUAUUGGUACGCGAUCGUGUUGGGGAUGGAUCGGCGCUAGACAAGCAGAUAUACAUGUGAAGCUGUUAACAGUCAAGCUUGAAGAUGGUUGUGUAUGAGUUGGCCGCAUGUUAUGAAACAUCUUAACUCAUGUGCUGUGUGAACACCAACAAUGACUGUAGAUUUCUGUGACUAUUUUUGGGGCGAGAAGAAUAACGGUUUUGAAGUUCUCUACCAGAACACAAAGCAUGGACAAAAUGCAAGCAAAGAGCUUGCAGAUUUCUUCAAGGAGAGAGCGAUGCUGGAGGAGAGUUACUCCAAGAUGCUAGCCAAGCUGGCGCACAAGGCGAGCAAUGCCGGCGUUAACGGCACGUUCGGGCCGCUUUGGACGCUGCUGCGCUCCUCCUCGGAGAAGCUCUCCUCCAUCCACAUGAGUGCCGUCAACAGGCUGGCUGAGCUCUUCAAGGAGUUGCAGAAGUUCAGCGAUGACCUGCACAAGCGUCAGAAGACGGUGAAGGAAGAGGAGGCGCCGACGAUGGAGGUGGUGCAGUCGCUACAGCAGCUGACGGCCAGUGUGCUGAAGGCGCGCGAGCUGUACCAGCAGCGGGCCGGCGAGCUGCGCCGACUGCAGGAGGCGGCGCCGGCCGGCCGCGACGCCGACAAGGCCGAGGCCAAACUGCGCAAGGCGGCCGACGACUACCGCGCCCUCGUCGACAAGUACCGGCUAGUGCGCGACGACUUCGAGCGCAAGAUGGUCGUCUCGUGUCGGCACUUCCAAGAAUUAGAAGAAAACUAUUUGUGCCAGAUGAAAGAGUUCCUGGACAACUAUGUCAAGAUAUUCGACGGAAGCCAUAGGCAGAUACGAGAAGUUAACAUCGAGUUGCGUCGGCAAUGUGACGAGAAAACUGUGAUCAAGCUUCUGGAGGAGUUCGCGCUGGCGAAGCACACGGGGCUGGAGAAACCAGUGCUGCUGGAAUUUGAGGAGGUGCCCGCGGCGCCGGCCGCCGCCUCGCUCGGCUCGACGCCGGACGCUGUUAGCGAGACGGGCUCGGCUGGACCGGAGGAGGCGCGGGCCGCCUCCACUGCCGCUGCCGCUUCCACCGCUGCCGCCGCCGCCACCGCCACCGUCGCCGUCGGCUGUUUCCGCCUUCCGGUCGUGGUCGCCUUUGUGGAAUGUCUUAACCGUGUUCAUGUUCUGCCCCAUGUGCUGCCCAAUGCCAGCGUCCAUGGCUUUUGUGGACGCGUCGCCUGUGCAGACCAGUUUUCCUUGCAUGCUUCAGGGGACUUGUCAUCGUGGCAACAACAGGGAAGCUCUUGGACUUCAGGGUUUCUACGGGGAAGGCGAGGCAAGCGAGAGAAACAGCCCAAAAAGAAGGAUAACGAGAAAUCGGACAGCGAGGAGAACCACAAGGCGAGCCCGGUGGUGGACGAGGAGGGCUUCUCGGUGCGGCCCCGGCUCGAGACGGACAAGAAGAAGCGACGCGACAGCUUCUACUCGUCCAGUGACUCCGACUCCGAUGAAGACCCCACGAACAAGAUCCACGUAAAGAUCAACCCGCUAAGCAACGGAGGCGGCACGAUAUCGGCCAGCGUAGACGAACUGCGCCACCUGGCCAGCGGCCUGACGCUCUCUCCAGCCAACACCGGCUCGCUACGGAGGCCCCGUCAUCUCAAUGUGGCCAAUAGCCUCCAGAGUAAGAGCCCGACGAUCGCCGAGGAGAGCGCCGGUCUACGCCGCUCGCAGUCCGUCUCCCAGCAGCUCGGCCACCAGCGGCCGAGUAAUGACCUGAUCGGCUUGAGCUUCCACUCGCCCACGCAGUCGAACCAGUCUACGCCGACGGCCGGCGCUCCUUACGUCCCGCGCGCCGACGCCGCCCCCUCGGCUGACUCGGACCGAUACGCCGAGCUGAGCGAGAUAUUUGCCGAGAGCUCUGACAUGCCGCCGGCGCUGCCGCCCAAGCACCAGUCACAGGCGGCGCCAGCGCGCGGCACCACGCCCACGCUCUCGUCAAUAGCCAUUCCUCGGCCGCCGAGCCGUCGCAGCGUGGAGGGUUCGGGCGGCGCACGCGGCUCGGCCGAGGCGAGUGUGGGCGCCUCGCGCGGCCCGUCGCCGCUGACACUGGGCUUGAGCGACACCGUGCCGCUGGCCGUAGCCUUCCAAGAGGUGGUGCACGCGUACUUCCGCGGCUCGGACGCCGUCAGGUGUCAGGUGAAGAUGACGGGCGACACCAUGGUGUCGUUUCCGUCCGGUAUCGUCCAGGUGCUGACGUCCAACCCGUCGCCGGCGCCGCUGGUGUUCCGGCUGAAGAACACCGGCCGGAUGGAGAGCCUUCUGCCCAACCGGCACCUCAUCACACAGGAGCUCAAGCUCAGCGGCAUCGAUACGGCCGUGUUCGAGUUCCGAAUGGACAACCUCACGGCGCUGCUGAGGAAGCAGGCGGAGAAAAAUCCAUCCGCCUCCUACUUCAACGUGGAUAUCCUCAAAUAUCAAAUCGUGACGCGGCCAGGAGCCGGCUCGGUGCCGCUGCAGCUAGUGGCCUACUGGAAGUGCGAGCCCACACACACGGACCUCAAAGUGGAGUACAAGUAUAACGGCGACGCGCUGUCGCCUCCCUGCGCCCUGCAGAACAUCACGGUGGCGGCGCCCGUAGACGGCGGAGUCACUGCCAUGCACUCUAAGCCCACCGGAAAAUGGGUUUCGGACGCUAAUCGGGCAAUGUGGAAGAUUCCAGAGCUGUCUGCAGCUGGCAAAGACCACGGCAUGGGCGCACUGAAAGCCAGGUUUGAGCUGUCACAUGGACCAGGCAGCCCCAGCACGCUGGCGGCGCAGUUCAGCUGCGAGGGCAGCACGCUGUCAGGCGCCGAGCUCCAGCUGCUCGGCUCCGGCUACCGGCUCUCACUGGUCAAGCGGCGCUUCGUGUCGGGCAAAUACAUUUGCGACUCGGACUACAUCGAAAGCAGCGACCGCUACGCCGCGCCACCGGGACCCGUGUGACGUCAGAGGAGCCUCAGGGCAGUCGUGAGGCCGCGCUGUUUGGACGCUGUGAGCUGGAAGCAGGACGAGUGCCCGCCGGUGCCGGCGGGGCCCUCGUAGAGCCGCGGUCCUCGCAUCUCUAUUCCUCGUGCUACUCGAAGGCCUCACCGGUAGCAGUAGUAUAUAUGGCAUACAGGGACCCAUGCUGCCAGUGUCGUGGCCUGCUGCCGCGCGGCGGGCUUGCCUUACUGUA